AUGCAAUCUGCUGGAUCACAAAGAGGUCGUGGAGGUGGAUCUGGCAACUUUAUGGGUCGUGGAGGAAACUUUGGAGGUGGUGGAGGUAACUCUGGCCGUGGUGGAAACUUUGGUGGAAGAGGAGGCUAUGGUGGUGGAGGUGGUGGCAGCCGAGGGAGUUAUGGAGGAGGUGAUGGUGGAUACAAUGGAUUUGGAGGUGAUGGUGGCAACUAUGGCGGUGAUGGUGGAUACAAUGGAUUUGGAGGUGAUGGUGGCAACUAUGGCGGUGGUCCUGGUUAUAGUAGCAGAGGAGGUUACGGUGGUGGUGGACCAGGAUAUGGAAACCAAGGUGGCGGAUAUGGUGGCGGUGGUGGAGGAUAUGAUGGUUACAAUGAAGGAGGAAAUUUUGGAGGUGGUAACUAUGGUGGUGGUGGAAACUAUAAUGACUUUGGAAAUUAUAGUGGACAACAGCAAUCAAAUUAUGGACCCAUGAAAGGGGGGUAG